AAAACCGAAAGAAGAGCAAAAUAUAGGGAUUCUUUUGACGCAUCGUUUAUUUUACAAAAUUAUGCUGUAACAUAAAACUUACAUAUCUCAUUUUUUUAUUAUAAGAUAAUACAAAAUGUCUGCUUUUAAAAGAGUGCAGGUAUUACAUCGAAACUUCAGUUCACAUAACCAGUUGUAUUAAACAAGAAUUAUUAUUCUAUUAUUUUUGUUUGUUUAUAUUUUAGCAAUGGGCUACAUUUGCACGAACUUGGCAUAUAUUCGAUUGUAAAUGGCAAGAUCCGUAUGAGUCGGCAACUGUUAUUAAAAAAUAUUUGAUGGGUUUACAUAAACCAAUAUACCAUCCAAUGAACGACUGUGGUGAUGUAGUUGUUUGUAUUAACAGCAGAGAAAUAGCUUUACGAGGCGAAGAAUGGCGGAGACGAGCUUACUUUCACCACACCGGGUACCCGGGAGGGGCGAGCUGGACUUUGGCUUGGGAGUUGCACAAUAAGGAUCCAACUAUGAUAAUUAAAAAGGCAGUGUACAAAGCAAUGCAAGGAAAUCUUCAACGACGUCACACAAUGGAACGACUGUUCAUUUAUCCUGGUGAGAAGGUACCUGAUGACGUUCUUCAGAAUGUUAGCAACCAGAUAAGACAACUCCGUCCUGUGCCAACUAGACUUGACCACAUCCCUGAAGAAGAAGUUCAGAAUUUCCCCAAAGUAAUGGAUUACCCAGAGGAUUAUGUAUUGAAAUAAUGUUCUUGUGUGUAAUGUGUAAAUAGAUAAGACUUAGUGAUUAUAAAAAUAUACAUAAAGUAUUACAUUCUUUGAUUUCUGCAUUAUUUAACGUAAAUUUGAUGAAAGGACUAAAACCGACCUAAAAAAUCUAAAAAGGAGGUUGUGUG